AUGCGCUGCCGCAAGGCGGCAGGUGGCAUGAACGAAUGCCGCCCAGAGCUACUGCUCUUCAGCCUAGCAGCAGCAGUUGCUCUGCUUCAGACUGCUUGGACGCAGCCGACACUCGAGACUGAGUAUAUAACGCCUGUGCCGCCUCCCAGUCACGAGCACAGGCACCAUUGCAAUGGCUUCAGCCAGCUGGAGCCGCUUAAGGGGGAGUGGGUAGAUCACCAUGACCCCAAUCACACGGGCAUGACUGCUGGCAAGCCCUGCCCCAGCUUCAUUGACGACUUUGACUGCCUGCACAACUACAAGACAGAUGCCUACUAUGAGGAGCUGGGCCGCAGGGAGUACAGGAAGGUGUUCAAGCCGCAUGACUGUUCUCUGCACCAGUUCAACCCGGAGCAUUUUGAGCAGUGUUUAACCGGGCGCCGGAUCAUUGUCAUCGGCGACUCAACCAUGCGUCAGAUGUUCCAGUCCCUUGCCUGCCUCAUGACCCCCCGCAUUGUGGACGGCUUCUUCGUAGACUGGGACAAGGCAAAUUUAACCCACACGUCAAUUCCCUUUGAGAAGGAGUACACAGUGCGCGAUGAGCCCCAAAUCAACAUCUUCAAGCAGAAUGUGGGCAACUUCUCCCUCACCAAUGGCGCCUCUGUCCACAUCAGGUCUUUUGGGAUUUUCAACAUUAGCCUGUGGGACGAUGUCUUCGCCGAGUUCUGGCCCCUCACGGACAAAGAUGUCAUCAUAGUCGAGUUUGGCGCAUGGUACCCGCGCUUCAACUCGUUCCAGAUGGCCAUUCCCUGGACUCGCUAUGUGAACGACGUCCAGGAGCUCUUCUCUCAGCGCCUCGUAAACUACCCUUCUUUGGUGCUCUGGCGCGCUUACGGGCCUACGCAUUUUGGCGGCCCCACCGGGACGUACACAGGCGCGCAUGCACCUCUUUAUAGCUAUCUCCUCUGCCCUGCGCUGUCAGAGCACCUGCCAGACCUGCCGGGGCAGAUGACAUGCGAGGCGGCAGCCUACGGCGAGUAUUACUACGACACGCACAUCAUGCGAUGGCUGCAGCAGUGCGGGGCGCCGUGCGCGCACGUCCACAUGCUGCCUGUGUUCCACCUGUCGCUGCCGCAGCACAACAGCCACCACGGGUCCUUUGGGCGGGGCACUGAGAACCGGCGCAUCGACUGCCGGCACUACUGCAGCAACGUCAUCGAUGUGUGGAACCAGGUGCUGUACAACAAGCUGUGCUUUGGGGAGUCAUCUGGCGCGGCGAUGGCCCCUGGUAAUUCCUGA